UGCAUUCUUCGGCAUUUCAAAUCCAUCUAUGUGCUUCCACUUUUUGAAAAAGGGAUGCUCAAACACACACACACACACACACACAUAUAUAUAUAUAGAGAGAGAGAGAGAAAUUGGUAGGUACCACUCAUUCUGUGAUCUUUAUCUACGUCUCACUCAUUCUCUCUCUCACUUACAGCCCUAAUCUGUGCAACAACUGGUUCAACGGUGGAUGCUCUGCAACAAGAAUGUCUAACCUCCUCUCCCUCUCCCUCUCUCUCUAUCUCAUUUGUCUCCUAUCUCUCUUCUUUUGCUAUCUUCGUCGCUGGAUCUGUAGCAGAAUUGAGUGGAACUCUUCGGCUCUUUUUCAUGUUUCUCUCUCACAACAGAUUGCAAUUUUCUAAUAUAAAUCUUGCCAGCAGAUGUGCCAUCUGUGGAAGGGAUUUGGAAUCACCAGUGCAUGUGUUUUUGACCUACAGCAUAGUUAAAGGAGUGUGAUGUUCACUAGGUUAGGUAUUUAAUAUUGAUGCAGACAUGGAAAUGAGAAGGAAGCAUAGAGUUAAAUGGAUGUCAAGAACUUGGAGAUGACUUUUCCAAUAACCAUUUGGAAGGGGAGAAACAAAGCGGUCCAUCAAACAGAAGAUGGGCGUUGCUUAUGCUUGAGACACAAGGAUGGCACUCUUCUUAACACUGGUUGUUACGUUAGAACUUUGAAUAGAAGGUUUCAGGUUGAUGAAGCUGUCUCAGAGCCCUUGUUUUUGUUAGACAUGUACAUAGACUGAUCAAUAUUGGUUUGGGGCAAAGUAAGUAGUGUUCUUGUGUCAAAAAAGCUAUGGGAAUGCUAUGUAUCGGAGGAAUGGGAUGUAGUUUUGUUGUGAAUAGGAAUUGGUCAUUCCUUGUUUUGAAUUGUAACCCAACUAGGGAGACUGUAGGUCUGCUGGAUAAAAUUUGUAAUGUUUUACUCAGCCGGUGUGUGGGACUCUUGCCCAGCAUGAUCGAUCAUCAAACCAAGGGAGGAAUUUAUUCAAGUUAUUGAAAUUUGUCUAAAUAUAUCAAAUAUAGCCUUUUGAACAAGUCUUCCGUCUCUUCCUCUCUCGUUUGUGCAGCGGCUUCCGUUUGGUCGGCGUCCCUCGGCCAGAUUCGUCCAAAUGGAUGAAGAAGACGACCGCUAGUGCGAGUUUUACCAGUAUUUUUACCUUCAAAGCACGAAAGGGUCCCGCUCAUUGUGGCUCCCCAAGCAGCACCUGCGCCCUGAAACAAAAGAAGCCCCGCCCUACCAACAGCAGAGCAUCCCCCUGUGUAUUCAAAAUCCGCUGCUGUGCCAAGGAUGAACCGGAGAAACCGGCUGUCGCUUCGAACUCGACUUCUCCUCCGACGCCGCGAAAUGCAGGAUUGGCCACUGAAAGGGCAGCCUCUGAAGGUUUGGUCUUUGCUUUGGGUAGCAAUGGUUCCUGGGAUUCUUGUGAAAUUGGCUCCCCAAUAGUUGGGAGAUACCUAAAGCGAUGACGAGGAGAGGUGGUACAUGUGGUAUCACGGGAGAGUGGAAAAUUUGUCGGAUUCCGUCGGCGUGACGGUUUCUUCCAACGGGAUCCACUGGGAGAGGGGCCCUGCAAGUGCGAAGACUGCUCGGGAUGUUGGGCAAGUAAUGCAUUGCAGCAACGACGGGUGGGCCUUUGAUACACAGAACAUCAGGCCCUCUGAGAGUUGCUCCGAUUUGGAUUGGAGAAGGAAAACUCUGUGUAAAUCGGAUGAAGCUCUGGUGGUGCCACCAUUGAUUCUGCUAAUUGGGGUUUUGGUUGUGCAAUUAAGUUUGUUGUGACGGCAUCUUACUGUGAGUUCUGCAUCGGAGCAGAAGUAGUGGCCACGCACACUCAGAUAGCUGCUAUUGCAUAUAUCCUGCACAUCGAGUUAUUUGCAAAUCACCCUGAACGACAGUGCUUUUCUACCUGUGCAUUUCAGUAUAGAUUAGACAUCUCUUCCCCCUCACUGGGUCUGAGCACAGCUUGAAGAUCGCCGGUGAACAGUGGGAGCGCCAAAUAGAUGAGAGGCAGGGAGCCAAUUGCCCAACUCAUAUUAUCAAUAAGGCUGGACGAACCUUGUCUCCUACCCAGCAAGAUAGCGUGGAACUUGCUAGAGUUUAUGCACGUGUUAGAGCACCACUUGAGCUCAUCCAAGGCGCCUUGAACUUCUCUUAUCGAAGUUUAAUUAACUGCACAGAAAACAAUAAAGACGUCAACAAAGGUGAGCAGGUUGGGGCAUUUAGCCAAAGAGAUGGGGGUGAAAGAGGGUCGCCUUUGUCUCAAGUCCUUGCAUGUUGAAGUACUCUCCAGACAUCCCAUCUAUAGGGACCGCAAAUGUUGUCUAAGAGACGCAAGUGAGAAUUCUGUCAAUCGAGGUGCUGCAAUACCCCAUGCCCCUGAGCGCAUUCUCCAAGAGCCUCCAGUUCACUCUAUCGUAGACUUUGGAAAGAUCAUUUUUUAAGCACAAAUAGUUCUGGUUAAGACCGGAAAGAGAGUGAAUACUCUCAUGAGCAAGAAUUAUAUUAUCUACUAAUUGACCGCAUGAUGGUCGGAGAUGGAAAAGCAGAUCUGCCCUUGUAUUUCAGAUUUGAGUUCAUUUCCUACUCGAUCUAAUAUGCCAUUAUCUGAAUCCACCACCAUGAGUUCCGAGUGACGCUUCCCACAUCCCACUCACGCUUCUCCUGCUGCACGACGCUGCAGUGCCUUUUUUGCUUUCUUCUGCUCCCACCAGCACACAUAAAGUGGUCGACGAAAUGACUCGACGAAAAUGCUUCCGCGAGCAAUGCUCGAAUCAGCCAUGGAUCUUUAAAAAUAAAUUUUACAGCUGAAUGGUGUGCCUAUCUCUGCAUACCAUGAUCGGGCGACUGAGUCGCGCUGCUAAUGCGGUCAAAGCUUCGCCAUCGGCCCACCUGUUGGUUUCUUGUGCUUACUCAUCUUUUGUGGAAAACAAAUGGGAAAGGAUUCUCAAACCAUUCGAUCUGGAAGAGCUUCGGCGGUCGAUGAGAAACAAGAUAACCCCGCGUCAGCUUUGCGAAUUGAUCGAGGUCCCGCUUGGAAUCUCGAAGACAAUGUGCAUUUUUAGCUGGGUAUCAUCCCAAAAGAGCUUCUCGCACACGGUAGAGGUAUAUCGUGCGUUGAUCAAUAAGCUUGGUGAGAACAGGGAGUUUAGAAAGAUAGACGAGGUGUUGAGUAGAAUGAAGGAGUUGGGUGUUGUUUGUGACGAGGCUUUGUUUCUUGUGAUCAUGAGACGGUAUCGUGAUGCUGGACUGCCGGGUAAUGCCGUCAGGAUUCUUAAGGAGAUGGAGGAGAGGUUUUGGUGCAAACCCACUUUCCGAUCAUAUAAUUUUGUAUUGGACUUGUUGGUGUCUCAAAAUUGCCACGAAAUGGCUCCUCCCAUCUUCUUCGAGAUGUUGAAUCGUGGUGUUUAUCCAACGGUUUUAUCAUUUCUCAUUGCGAUGAAGGCGCUUUGUUUGAUGAAUCAACUGGACUCAGCCUGCUCGUUGCUUUCGGAAAUGACGAAGCACGCAUGUGUACCGGAUACAUCGAUCUACCAGACUCUGAUACAUGCCUUGUGUAAGCAUAGAAGAGUUGCCGAUGCAUUGAAGCUUCUAGAAGAGAUGUUUCUCAUGGGUUGUCCCGCAGACGUCAAAACAUUCAAUGCAAUUCUUCAUGGGUUGUGCACACUCGACCGGAUAUAUGAGGCUGCAAAACUAAUUGAUAGGAUGCUGAUGCGGGGGUGCACCCCAAAUGAGAGAACUUACGGAAUUCUAAUGCACGGUCUUUGUAGAAAUGGCAGAAUUGAUGAAGCCAGGAAACUGUUUGAUGAAAUAACAAAUCCCAACGUAGUCUUGUACAAUACACUGAUAAAUGGGUACUUGAUGAAUGGCCAAUUCAAUGAAGCCAAGGCCAUUUUCUACCGUGAUAUGUGUUUGCGAGGCUGUGAGCCCGACGUUUUCACGUACACCAUUUUGAUUCGUGGUUUGUGCAAAGUCGGGCGUCUCGGUGUGGCGCAGGAAUUGCUUCAAGAGAUGGUGGUGAAAGGGUGCUCCCCCAACAUUUUUACUUACGUUACAGUGGUCGAUGGUUUAUGCAAGAAAGGUAGAUUGGAUGAGGCUCUUGAACUUUUGCAAAGGAUGCUGUCAAGAGGCAUUAAAUUGAACGUUGUCAGCUACAAUUGUCUUAUACAUGCUUUCUGCAAAAAUAGGAGGGUGGAUGAGGCUGUAGAAGUAUUCAAUAAGAUGAAGACUGAAGGUUGCAAUCCUGAUGUUUUCACUUUUAACUCCUUAAUUUAUGGCUUCUGUGAAAUCGGUAAAAUAGAGGAGGCAUGCAAGAUCUUCCAUGAAUUGGUUGACUACGGUGCAAUUCCCAAUCAGGUUACUUAUAACACUUUAAUAAGUUCCUUGCUGAGGAGGGGUUCGUUUCAAGAAGCUCUUAAUCUUCUCAAUGAAAUGGAUUUCCGAGGUUGUCCACCAGAUGCAAUCACUUAUAAUGCUCUCAUAAAAGCACUUUGUAAAGGUGGUUUCGUGGGCAAGGCAUUAGGUUUGUACGAGGAAAUGCUAAGGAAGAACGCUGCUCCCAAUACCAUUUCGUAUAACAUCUUGAUAAAUGGUCUUUGCGAUGCAAGGGAUGUCCAAACUGCUCUUGAGCUUCUAAGAGAAAUGAUUCAUCGAGGAUGUGUGCCUGAUAUAGUCACUUACAAUUCCCUGAUAAAUGGUCUUUGUAGGAUACGGGAGGUUCAUGAGGCUUUGAAGCUGUUGGACAAGUUACAGUUGGAAGGCAUUUUACCUGAUGAAAUCACUUACAAUACGCUCAUUUGCUGGUACUGCAAGAGUAAAAUGUUUGAAGAUGCUUUCUGGCUUCUAGGUACAGUUAUUGAGAAGGGGAUGUCUCCUAAUGCGGUCACAUGGUCAGCAUUAGUCAAGGGUUAUGUAAAAGAAGGAUCAGAUUGGGCAGAGAAUGAUGGAGAACUUCUGAAGAUAUAGCCAGUAGAUGAAGAUAGCCAGAUGGGAGUUGUUUGGCUGGCCGCCCAGUUACUGCUUGCAUUCUUCUGACAUCUGGGAUUGAUGGAACAAAUAUUUUUGCCUACACAGAUGGUUCAUACUACCUGGGAGCUAACGCUGUUACUGCUGUUUCAUUGGUCUAUCCUUCCAGGAAUUGCACAAGUUAUGAGGGGUUGAAUUGUAACAGAACCCACUCAUGUUUUAAGAGAGUAAGGUAUGUUAUAUUUUGCAUCUGAUUCUUGCAUUAUUGCCUCUGUUGUCCAUAAUAAACUAACAAAGUGUGCCUGCAAUCAAUCUCGGUAGCCAGUGGACAAGGUAUCAAUAACUCGCCAUGUAGUUGAUGUUUUUGGAAUUUCUUAUUGAUACUUCAAGCAACAAAAAUGAUUGCAUAUGUAAAUGUAAAUCUCUUUCUCUCUCUCUCUCUCUUUCUGUAUCACUCACACACAGAUUAUAAGAUGUUAAGGAAAAUCUCAGAUAUGAGAAAAGAAGAAAAAAACAUAAAAAAACUGUGCACAUACACAAUGAGAUUUCAUCAAACAAUCAUAAGUCUAGGAUGUGUACAUACACGGUUUUUUAAUGUUUUUUUCUUCUUUUCUCAUAUCUGAGAUUUUUCUUAACAUCUUAUAUAUAUAUAUAUAUAUAUAUAUAUAUAUAUAUAUAUAUAUAUAUAUAAUGUGAAGAGUAUUUUGGAUUCUGAUUUUUCUCGUGAGAUGGAAGGUGUUAACACGCUGCAUUUGUAUUUUGAAAGCCCCACUUCAAAAGAUUCUUUUUGUACGAUUCUGAUUUUUCAACUGAGAUGGAAGGUGUUUACAUGCUGCAUAGUAUUUCACUUUUUGUACUUAACUUUUUUGUAUAGUCUUUUACCAAUAAUUGCCGACCUGAUAGAAGGAACAGCUACAAGUUACAUAUCUUGUAGACCAGCAAGAAGCAAAAGUUUUCCAUUUGCAUCAGCUUUUAGUGCACUACCUUUUAAUAUGUAGAUCCAAAAAGGACAGCUCAAAAUUUGGAACUUGAACUUGACAGUUUAAUGGGCUAGGCACCACCUUUACUACCUUUACUAAGUUUCAGCUUGUGUUUAAAUAUUGUUUUUUUUUCAUAUAGAAUCUGAAUUAUAUCUUGUAGUUUUUAAAACAAAAAAUAAAAAAGACUUAUCAUGUUAUUUGAGUACUGGCCGAUAUGGGACUGAAUCAAUAUGGGUGAAGGAUGUUCCUCCAAGGGCAUAAUGGUGUUUCUAUUUGGCACCUAUGGACAGGUUUCUCUCUCACAACAGAUUGCAAUUUUCUAAUAUAAAUCUUGCCAGCAGAUGUGCAAUCUGUGAAAGGGAUUUGGAAUCACCAGUGCAUGUGUUUUUGACCUACAGCAUAGUUAAAGGAGUGUGAUGUUCACUAGGUUAGGUAUUUAAUAUUGAUGCAGACAUGGAAAUGAUGGUGGAGAAGGAAGUAUAGAGUUAAAUGGAUGUCAAGAACUUGGAGAUGACUUUUCCAAUAACCAUUUGGAAGGGGAGAAACAAAGCUGUCCUUCAAACAGAAGAUGGGCGUUGCUUAUGCUUGAGACACAAGGAUGGCACUCUUCUUAACACUGGUUGUUACGUUAGAACUUUGAAUUGAAGGUUUCAGGUUGAUGAAGCUGUCUCAGAGCCCUUAUUUUUUUUAGACAUGUACAUAGACUGAUCAAUAUUUGUUUGGGGCCAAGUAAAUUGUGUUCUUGUGUCAAAAAAGCUAUGGGAAUGCUAUGUAUCGGAGGAAUGGGAUGUAGUUUUGUUGUAAAUAGGGUUUGGUCAUUCCUUGUUUUGAAUUGUAACCCAACUAGGGAGACUGUAGGUCUGCUGGAUAACUUUUGUAAUGUUUUACUCA